AUGUUGGUCUGGGUUUUGGGUAUAGGUAUGGGUACGAUGACGUGUGUUCGUUUACAAACUCAAACAACUCCCGAAGAAAUUCUUUCUAAUCCUUGGCAUGAUAGAGGUUUCUGUGAUCCGGAUCAAUAUCAAGCAGCACUUCAUCGUUGCCAAAAUGGUUAUGAAUCAUGUGAUUUAUUCAUCAAAGCAUUCGAAGAACGUGCAAGCUUGGAACGUGAUUAUAUUGCAGCCAUUUAUAAUUGGUCCAAAAUAUGGCAAAAAGAAAUAAAUGAAUCGCAAGAAUUCGGUACAAAUAAAAAGACAUGGUUAGCUGCAAUUCGAGCUGGUGCACAAGCUGCUUAUACACAUACGGAUAUUGUUGAACGUAUCCAAAAUGAUGUUAUUGAUCCAAUGAUUGCUUUCAAGAAACAGAAUUAUGCAAAAUCGAUUAUUCAUAUAAGAAAAAUUAAAGAAUUCGAAAAAGAAUUUGAAAAUCUUCAAAAACCAUGGCUAAAACUGUUGUCCAAAAUUAAUGAUGCAAAAGAAUCCUAUCAUGAAAAACAUCGAAAAUUAAAGAAAGCUGAACAGGCAAAGAAAAUCAUUGACUCAAAUAUAGGUGCAACCGAAGAAGAAAAGACAGAAACUCAAACAAGUGUUAAUGUCUAUACUAAAGAAUCGGCAAAUCUUCGAAGUAAAUACGAACAAUUAAUUAAUGAAAUGAAAGAUUUGAGACCACACUAUGAAAAUAGUAUGAAACGAGUACUAGAUCGUACACAUGAAUUCGAAAGAGAACGUCUUAACAAAUUCAAACAACUUUUCAAUGCGUUUUACAAUGCUAUCAAUAUUCAAAAUGAUCCUUAUAUCAUUGAAAUGUCGACGGCAUUUCAAAAUGCAAUUGCAGCACAUGAUAUUGAAGCUGAUACUCAAUGGUGGAAUAAACAUUAUGGAAGUGAUACGAACACAUCGUGGCCAGAAUUUGAAGAGCUAUCCGAUAAGUCUAUAUAA